AUGAUCAAAAUUGACACAAAGUCUGCUUCCCAUCCCUUACACUAUCCUCCAGGAUAUUUCCCUUUUAUCUUUUGUUUUUCCCCUUACCUCCUGGACAUUUCACCAAUCAUGUCCAACCGCGAUUCUUCAAGGUCAUACAUCCACCUUACGGCCUCCCACCACGUCCUUUAUCUCGAGGAAUGGGUGCACGAGAAACUUCCCUUUGACGAUAUUGAUGUAAACCUGAACCAAGACUCGGACGAUGAAGAGUAUUUGACGGGAAAUUUCGGACACAGUCAGCCGCAACACCCUUCCAAUGGUACGUUUGGUGCCUCCCGGACGUACGCAAGGCCUGUCCCGCCCGCAUGGAAGGACCUUUCGCUCAGCGAGUUUUUAGCCGACCACGAGAACUUUCCACGCGACGGGACUAUUCUCAAGCGGAUCAACCGCGAGGAUUUUCUGGAGGCGAGAGAAGAUAAAACGAUGGAUGAACAUGAUAUCUCUGCCAUCUCGACGUCGUCGCUAGGUCAGAACGUGUUGGAUGCAUUCACAAGUGAGGGCUUGAGCCAGAACCUGGACGGACUAGACAACUCGCCGAAUUUACGGCCACAUGCCCGUAGCUCUGUGAGUCCGGCUGGGACUAUGAAUACACCAGAGAUGAAUCGUGUGAGGAGGAGCUAUGAAACUCCUGUGGCGCGAAUCAUGAGAUAG